GUGGGCUGAGAAGUUGACGUUUCCGUUGGCUCUUGGCUAGCAGCUGAGGCCGAAUGGGUUGGGCCCAAAGUGGAGAAAUGGCGAGAAUGGUGGACGAUAUCGAGUGUAGAGACAAAUUACAAAACCCCGAGCAGCAGGGACCGGGUCGGGGUCCGGCGAGAUGGGGUCCACAACACGCUGGCGCUCAAGAAUUGGCCAAUUUAUAUUCGCCAGGCAAAAGGUGCCAAGAGUGGAUAAGUGUCAUCCUUUGCUUCUCUCUCAUGGCCUUCAAUUUCAUUCACCUCCUUGCCAAUUUCCACCUGGGACAUGUGUGGUACAUUCUUCUGGGUAUCGCUGCAGGGAUCCUCACUGCAGACUUUACAUCAGGCCUAGUUCACUGGGGGGCGGACACAUGGGGAUCAGUAGAUCUCCCCAUCUUUGGGAAGGCUUUUAUACGACCCUUUAGAGAGCACCACAUUGACCCCACAGCAAUCACCCGCCACGACUUCAUUGAGACCAAUGGUGACAACUGCAUGUUAACCAUCGUCCCGCUCGCCAACAUGGCCUUCAACUUUUACACACUAUCACCUGCGGAGAUGUACCACAUCUACCCGUGGUAUUGCUACCUGUUUGCACUCGCCAUCUUUGUGACCCUCACCAACCAGAUUCACAAGUGGUCCCACACAUAUUUUGGCCUGCCUGGCUGGGUGGUGUUCCUUCAGGACCUCCACAUUAUCCUUCCCCGCAAGCACCACCGCAUCCAUCACGUAUCCCCACAUGAGACAUAUUUCUGCAUCACCACAGGUUGGCUUAACUACCCACUGGAGAAAGUGGGCUUCUGGAGGACCGUGGAGGAUCUCAUCCAGGGCAUCACAGGAGAGAAGCCCAGAGCAGAUGACCUCAAAUGGGCUCAUAAAGUCAAGUAAUUCCACAGGCUAACAUCUCGCUACCUCAGAAGAGGCUGGUUCUGUCCCGGCUUCUCAUGCUCUUUUUUUUUUUUUUUUUUUCCUCACUGUAAUUCAUAGGAAGAAAAACUAACAGGUUUCUGAUGCCAUAGCUUUAACUCUUGCACAUUUUGUCUGCUUUUCAAGGCAAUUUUUUCAUUACGCCCGAUGGAGAUCUUCAUUUCAAACGGCAAUAUAUUUGUUAACUGCAAAACAUGACUGGUUGUUGUUCUCGAUAGCAAAGAGGUAGGAGCUCUUUCUAAUGUUUCCCUCACUUCAGAAAAAAACUCAAAACAGUAAGACUAUAGGGCCUUGGCCGUUUAAUCAGAUUAUUUUUUAGCACGGAUUUACUUCAGCGAUUUGCAAUAAUUAAAGGUCUAUUAGAUGCUCAAGUGCUACAUUUAAAUUUAGAUUUUAGAAAUACAAACCCUGUUUCCAUAUGAGUUGGGAAAUUGUGUUAGAUGUAAAUGUAAACGGAAUACAAUGAUUUGCAAAUCCUUUUCAGCCCAUAUUCAAUUGAAUGCACUACAAAGACAAGAUAUUUGAUGUUCAAACUCAUAAACUUAUAUAUUUUUUUGUAAAUAAUAAUUAACUUAGAUUUUAAGGCUGCAACACGUGCCAAAGUAGUUGGGAAAGGGCAUUUCACCACUGUUACAUCAGUUUUUCUUUUAACAACACUCAAUUAACGCUUGGGAACUGAGGAAACUAAUUGUUGAAGCUUUGAAAGUGGAAUUCUUUCCCAUUCUUGUUUUAUUUAGAGCUUGAAUCGUUCUCCGAUGUCGUAUUUUACGCUUAAUAAUGCGCCACACAUUUUCGAUGGGAAACAGGUCUGGACUGCAGAAUGGCCAGGAAAGUACCCACACUGUUUUAUUACGAAGCCACGCUGUUGUAACACGUGCUGAAUGUGGCUUGGCAUUGUCUUGCUGAAAUAAGCAGGGGUGUCCAUGAAAAAGACGGCGCUUAUAUGGCAGUAUUUGUUGUUCCAAAACCGGUAUGUACCUUUCAGCAUUUAUGGUGCCUUCACAGAUGUGUAAGUUACCCAUGCAUUGGGCACUAAUGCACCCCCAUACCAUCACAGAUGCUGGCUUUUGAACUUUGCGUCAAUAACAGUCAGUAUUGUUCGCUUCCCCUUUGGUCCGGAUGACACGAUGUCGAAUAUUUCCAAAAACUAUUUGAAAUGUGGACUCGUCAGACCACAGAACACUUUUCCAUUUUGCAUCAGUCCAUCUUAGAUGAUCUCGGGCCCAGAGAAGCUGGCGGCGUUUCUGGAUGUUGUUGAGAAUGACUUUCGCUUUGCAUAGUAGAGCUUUAACUUGCACUUACAGAUAUAGUGACGAACUGUAUUUAGUGACAGUGGUUUUCUGAAGUGUUCCUGAGCCCAUGCGGUGAUAUCUUUUAGAGAUUGAUGUCGGUUUUUGAUACAGUGCCGUCUAAGGGAUCGAAGGUCACGGUCACUCAAUGUUGGUUUCCGGCUAUGCCGCUUACGUGGACUGAUUUCUCCAGAUUCUCUGAACCUUUUGAUGAUAUUAUGGACCGUAGAUGUUGAAAUCCCUAAAUUUCUUGCAAUUGCACUUUGACAAACGUUGUUCUUAAACUGUUUGACUAUUUGCUCACGCAGUUGUGGACAAAGGAGUGUACCUCGCCCCAUCCUUUCUUGUGAAAGACUGAGCAUUUUCUGGGAAGCUGUUUUUACACCCAAUCAUGGCACCCAACUGUUCCCAAUUAGCCUGCACACCUGUGGGAUGUUCCAAAUAAGAGUUUGAUGAGCAUUACUCAACUUUAUCAGUAUUUAUUGCCACCUUCCCCAACUUCUUUGUCACGUGUUGCUGGCAUCAAAUUCUAAAGUUAAUGAUUAUUUGCAAAAAAAAAAUGUUUAUCUGUUUGAACAUCAAAUAUGUUGUCUUUGUAGCACAUUCAACUGAGUAUGGGUUGAAAAUUAUUUGCAAAUCAUUGUAUUCCAUUUAUAUUUACAUCUAACACAAUUUCCCAACUUGUAUGGAAACAGGGUUUGUAAGUGCAACUCGAGAAAAACAAGAAUGCUUUACCAUUAUUGAUAGCAAAAGAACAAAUUGAUGAAUAACUACUGUUACAUUUGUUGAACUCAAGCACUUUUGGCGUGAAGCUGCAGUCGAUUACACAAUGUGAUAUUAAUAUCUGACCUAUAAUAAUAAUUGUGACCAGCCUUUUGCUUCAAACACGCAUCUCAUCGUGAGCCUACAAAUAUAUUAAAACAAUUGAUAUUUUAAUUUUAACAUUGAAAUAAGUGGCAAUAUGUUUAAACUGAAAUCACAGUCAAACUAACUGGUAGCUUAAUGAGAAGCUAUUUCAUUUUUUUAUUUCAGUCUUUUAAGAAAACAGCAAAUUUUGCGUUUCCCGCUAAUUUUUCUGAGAUUGCGAAAUAAAAAGAUAGACAUUUGCCACUCUUUUCACAGCUCUUAAAACUACUUUUAUCUUGAAGGAAUCGCAUCUGAUUGUACCUAAUUUCGUGGCCUGAGUGUCAAUGUUCUGAGUCACCCAGGUUGGUAAUCUCGUCACAUGACUUUGUGGUCAGGAACGACGCACAUACAGUUUGGUUAAACUGCCUUAGACUCCACAUAUGUUUAUUGAUUGUGUCUUUGUUUGUAAUUCAGCUUUAUGUUGAAAUUCUGUGUUGUGUCUUAAAAUUCCACACACAACUACUAAUGUUGACCAGAGUACAUUACACACAUCAUUUUUGUUUACUGGGUGUUUGAAAGGUUUUUGUGCGCGCAACAUUCCUGUGUGUGUACUUGUGGCAAGUAGACUGGGUGACGGUACAAGGAUGGCGGUUGGCGAGCGAGGACUUUUCUUCACUCUCACUGAUGAGAUUGUGUAAAUUGGUCACUUCAAUAAGUAGUUUGUAAGUGUGUUAUACAGCAAAUAACUAUGCAGCAAGGUAAUGCAAACCUGGGAGGAUUGACCGUGCUGCAUUGAAAACGGACGUAGGGUUGAACUUAUGUACCAAAAUUAUGUCUUCAUUCCAAGGAAAAUAACCCAGUUAAAAGGCUUGAUUGUUGUGCUUCUGAUAGUCUGUCUGCAGUUUAGGGAUAGUGACAUCUUAUAGGCCACAAUUAUGUUUUUAUACUAUGGAAUAUUUAAGUUUUUAAAUCUAUUAUACUUGAAUAUAUUGAAUUUAGGGUUUGCAAAUUUAAAUUAAUAGAACGCUUAUGCUAGUGUUCUCUUAGGACCAUUUUAAGUGCAUACAAUAGAAAAAAACACUAUUUGUUGUAUAAUUCGGGUCACACUGAUGCCGCUGCAACACUGAUAUAUUUCCUUAGAAUAGAUCAACAGCAAAAGAACACUCACAUGUCAUAGUAUUUGUUGAGUAUCGUGAGAAUCGGUUUUGUGAGCAUUUGGUAGUUAAAACACAACGCUGGUUGUUGUUUUGUGUUUAGAGGUGUUGCAUCAGUAUUAGGAACAGAUGGUAGAUAGUUUGGAGAUAGGCACCAGCGCCCCUCGUGACCCCAAAGGGAAUAAGCGGUAGAAAAUGGAAGGAUGGAUAGUUUGGCUGGAGGCUUAAGUGUAUAGCUUUUUGUGAUGACAUCAGUCAUUUUGAAGAGUUUUUGUGUUAUUUGGUGCUACAAAUAUGAACACAAUGUUUGAUAUUAAUUGGUUUAUAAUACUUAAAUACUUCUAAUUUUUUCGUCACUGAAGCUGGUGUGAGAGUAAUGAAUGUCAAUGGGAUCUUAAGACGUGCUUUGUUCAGUUGAUUUGCUUGGUGGUGUUAUUGAAUUGCCUUAUCCUUUCCCUGAUUGAUUUACUGUAAAUCAUGUCAGCAAAAUGGGAACACUUUUGAACCGAGAUUAGAUUGCCAUUCUUUUGUCUCGCUUCUUUUCUGAGGCAAGGCCCUUGAAAAUGUUGUAGUGGGGGUGAUGGACUUUUUAAAUAUCACAAUAAUAUACCUUGAUGCCUUUUUGUUGUCUUCCGUUUGGGAGAUAGACAAUGUGUAUAUGAAACUGUAUUUAUAAAGAAACUAAAUAAAACGUCAAUAAUUACAUCUA